UCACUCCUCUAUCUUCCUUCCUACAACUGUCCACUCUCUACUCUCUACACUGUAUCUAUUCUAUUAACUCUCUCUAGUCUCUAAGCUAUAAAAACCUGUUCAUCGUCUUCAUAUGUAGCCUUUUUCUCUCCAUUCAUCGUCUGUAGAAGCUAAAAGCUAAAGCCUGAUUCAACACCUCCGCCGUCGUCAAAUUUUCACCCACUGGCCACUACCCUAUCAUCGCCGGCGGACUUCUUUAAUGGCGUUUCAUCCUAAUCAUCUCCAACAACAGAUGGCUCUACAGCAACAUUUCUCCGACACCGACAACAAUUCCGUCCUUCGUACAAUUCUCCCGGACCACCAUCACCUCGCCGUCGCCGCCCAGUCUUCUUCUCCUUCUUCACGUUCCGCCGGAAAAGACCAUUGGCUCAAUAGCGCGAUUCUCCGGCAACAAGGUCAGUACGCUGGUGGGGCUACCGACGGGAGUAAUAAUUUCCUCAACUUGCAAACCAACAAUAAUUCGGAUUCGCCAGUGUCAACGUCUUCACAGCAUCUUCAUCAUCAUCACCAUCAUCAACAAGGUGGGAAUAAUAACCAGUGGCUAUCGAGAUCGAUGCUGCAAAGAAACGUUAGUGAUGUUGGGGGAGACGACAUCGUUACCCAAGUCUCCAAUGAUUCGAUUAUCGCCGCUAUGUCAUCUCAUGAUUCUCCUGAUUUAAACAACAAUCAAUCCAGAACCAUCGUCAACAGUCAGGUCGAUAACAAUGGCGGAGGCGAGCUUGGGGAGAGUGAAGACGGAGGUGGCGACGUUAACUGGCAAAAUGCGAGAUACAAAGCAGAAGUAUUAUCACAUCCGCUGUAUGAACAAUUAUUAUCAGCUCAUGUCGCUUGUUUGAGAAUCGCAACUCCCGUUGACCAAUUACCCAGAAUCGAUGCACAGUUAGCACAAUCACAGCAUGUUGUAUCAAAGUAUUCGGGUUUUGAAGGACAGAGUAAUCUUGGUGAUGAUAAAGAACUUGAUCAAUUCAUGACUCAUUAUGUUCUGUUACUUUGUUCUUUCAAAGAACAAUUACAACAACACGUUCGUGUUCAUGCAAUGGAAGCAGUAAUGGCGUGUUGGGAGAUUGAACAAUCGUUACAAAGCUUAACAGGAGUGUCACCUGGAGAAGGUACAGGUGCAACAAUGUCAGAUGAUGAUGAAGAUCAAGUGGAUGAAAGUGAUAAUGCAAAUUUAUUUGAUGGGAGUUUUGAUGGACAUGAUAGCAUGGGAUUCGGGCCUCUUGUUCCAACUGAGAGUGAGAGAUCGUUAAUGGAGCGUGUAAGGCAAGAGCUUAAGCACGAGCUCAAACAGGGUUACAAGGAGAAGAUUGUGGAUAUUAGGGAGGAAAUUUUACGCAAAAGAAGAGCAGGAAAACUUCCCGGCGACACCACGUCUGUGUUAAAAUCAUGGUGGCAAUCACAUGCCAAAUGGCCAUACCCCACCGAAGAAGAUAAGGCAAGAUUGGUACAGGAAACGGGGUUACAAUUGAAGCAGAUAAACAAUUGGUUUAUUAAUCAAAGGAAGCGAAAUUGGCAUAGCAAUCCUUCUUCUUCUACAGUCUUGAAGACUAAACGCAAAAGAAGCAAUGCAGGUGAUAAAAGCAGUGAUCAUAACAUGUUAAACUAAACACAUUUAUCAAUGGAAUGAUGAUCUUGCAUGUAGUUUCAAGAAAGAUCUAGUUGAAGGUUUGAAGAGAAAGAUGAAAAUGGUGUAAGGUUAAGAAGUUUGAGCUUUGAGAGUCAUGUAUAUGACUAAAAAACUGAAAUUUCGGAUACGUUUAUGUAUCUAUCAGUUUUGUGUGAAUAGGAUAAGGGGAUGUACAUGUACAUAAUAAGAUAGCAUGUGGUGAUUAGUAUUUAGUAAUGCAUGUGACAUAUGUUCUUUCAACUACUUUGAUCAUGUAAACCAUGUUAAUUCUUGCGUGUUCUUUA